AUGCACUUCAUCAGUGCAAUCCCAAAGCUGACGGGGCAGAACUAUGUUCUGUGGCGCGAGGAACUUGAUGCUGCUCUAGCACUUGCUGAGAUAGAUUUGGCUCUUCAGGAGCCAAAGCCCACUGAGCCAGAGGAGCCCGAAAGGGCUCAGAAUGAGACCGAUGAAGCUUUUGCUAAUCGGAAGCGAGACUUUGCUCCCAUCAGAGCAAAGUAUGAUCUUGAGAAGUACAAGUGGGAAAAGUCAAACCGCAAGUGCAAGAUUGUCAUCAAGAAAACCAUCACAGAGGGCCUAAGAGGUGCCAUCCCAGAAUGUGAGACAGCAAAAGAAUACCUUGAGAAAGUGAAGAAUCAGUUUACUGGUUCCACCAAAGCCCAUGCUUCUACCCUGAUCCAGAAACUCACUAACAUGAGGUUCACAGGGAGGAGUGUGAGAGAGCACAUUCUGAGCAUGAGCACCAUGGCAGCCAAGUUAGAGAAGCUAAAGAUGCCCCUUGCUGAUGGUUUCCUCAUUCACCUAGCUCUAAACUCACUUCCUAAAGAGUAUGAGACAUUUGUUGUUAACUACAACACACAGCCAGAGGAGUGGGAUUUAGAGAAGGUGAUUGCUAUGUGUGUGCAAGAGGAAGAAAGGCUCAAGAAUGCAAAUGGUGGUUCUGUGAACUUUGUGAAAGGAAAGAACAAGAAGCCAUUCUACAACAAGAAAGCUCCAGAUGCCUCCACCUCCCAGUACAAAGCGAGAAAGCACAGUUGA